AUGGAUCUCUUCACCCCUGAUACACAAAGAUUUUCCAAAGAGAAGGAAUGCAUCUUCAAGUUGAGUGGCCUUUUUAGCAGCCUAUCAGCUUUGGUGUUUGAAAUAGUCAUUAUCAGCAACCAAUACUGGCGUCUAUGGGAAUUUGAAAACAAUGUUGUGCAGUUUGUGUCCUUUGGACUUUGGGAAGCUUAUUACCCUCAAGAAUUUAACAUCUCAGGAACUCUAAUUAAUAUCCUGGUUCAUACACCUAUUGAUUCAACGUGGACCAUUUCAAAUGAAUUUCAGUGUGCACAGAACCUUAUAGAAUGGGCUAUUUUUAUGAAGCCUGUAGUUCUGGUUUUCAGUGCAAUAGCUUUCAAGAUAAGCUGCAUGAAAGACCCAUUUCUAGAGAUCCAGAUAUAUUGCUACAAGAUCUCUGCCUUAAUUUUGGGAGUUAGCAGCCUCUUCACAUUUGUUGCUGUGAGCUGGAACCAUAUGGUAGAUCUUUAUGGUCAAACCACUCUUGAUUUUCCACCUAACUUCCCUGUCAAGAAAGAAGCCUUGAAAAGCAAACAUAUGACAGCUGUGUUCCCUAUAGGGGUCCUGACUGCAACCAUGGCACUUUUUGGUGUGAUAAUAUUUCUCUCUGAGAUAAGCUAUUUGAAACUACAGAGUAAAUUGAAGGCCAAAUGUGUUUCCAAAGUGGCCCUUCAAGAGGCCUGA